AUGCAAUUCAUCUAUGCUUCCGCCGCCUUGGUGGCAUCCGCCACCCUCUCCAUGGCCGCGCCCGCCGAGGUCGUUGGCCGCAAGACUUUCCAGGUCGGACAGGUUGCUCACGGCAAGAUUCUCAAGAACGGACCCGUCCAGAUGAUAAAGGCCUAUAACAAGUACGCGCGUGUGGGAGCUGUCGCUCCUCCAGACGUUGCCUCUGCCGCCGCCUCUGCUCAAGCAACCGGCUCAGUGGUCGCCACCCCGGAGCAGUACGAUCAGGCCUAUCUUUGCCCUGUCACAGUCGGCGGCACGACCCUCAACCUCGACUUUGACACUGGUUCCGCAGAUUUGUGAGUUUGACGCUUGUGCAACGUGUACCUGAAACAUCUAACGCGGCAUGCAGGUGGGUCUUCUCCACUCUCCAAGCGAAGAGCGAACAGAGCGGUCACGCUGUGUACGACCCCAGCGUCUCCGGAAAGAUACUUCAGGGCGAGGAGUGGAACAUCACGUACGGCGACGGGUCCGGCGCCUCUGGACCCGUCUACGCCGACAAGGUCGUCGUUGGCGGCGUCACUGCGACUUCUCAGGCGGUCGAGGCGGCUACUUCCGUGUCUUCCCAGUUCGCGCAGGACGUUGACAACGAUGGCCUCCUUGGACUUGCGUUCAGCACCAUCAACACUGUGCAGCCAGACCAGCAAGUCACCUUCUUUGACAGCGUGAAGAAGAGCUUGGCGAAGCCUCUGUUCACCGCGGAUCUCAAGGCCGGCGAGGCUGGUACUUACGACUUUGGGUCAGUUACUCUCGCUCGGUAAUGGAAAUAUCCUGCUAAUGACCCCACAGUUUCAUCGACAGCUCGAAGUACACUGGAAGCAUCACCUACACGCCAGUGAACACCGAGAACGGCUUCUGGCAAUUCAAUGCUGGCGGGUACUCCGUCGGAUCCGGAAACCAGACGAGUGGCAGCUCCAUCGGCAUCUCCAUCGCUGACACCGGCACCACUCUCCUCUACCUCCCUACCGACGCCUGCUCGGCCUACUACAAGAAGGUUUCUGGCGCGAAAUACGACACCUUCCAAGGUGGAUACGUCUUGCCCUGCAGCGCGAGCCCACCAGCCUUCAACGUCGCCAUUGGCGGCAAGACUUUCAAGAUUCCCGGCAAGGUCAUCAACUACGCUCCCGUCGACCAAUCCGGCGAGACGUGCUUCGGAGGUAUGCAGCCCAACACUGGAAUCGGUAUGAGCAUCUUCGGCGACAUCUUCCUCAAGACAGUAUUGGCCAUUUUUGACGAGAGCACGGGCUCGCCCAGGCUCGGGUUUGCUGCUCAGGGGUAA